CAUGUAAAUAGACUGUCGCCAUGGGUUACAUGUAAACAUGGAACCAAAUGGCGCCCGUACAUUUCAUAGGCCUUUUCUAGUUUUUGAGAGACUAAAACAACCCUGAAUUGUCAAAUUGAAUUUGUUUUAAGUCUGGAUUUCUGAUUGAAUCCGAUGAUUGAUAUCAUUAAAAGUUGUGUUCGAGAAACCAUCACUCACAUCAGUAUCAGCUUUCAUGGAGAACGCAUUGACUGACGAAUUUUACGACGACUACAUUACUUUAGAUGACUGUUUCGAUUGCAUUAAACAUAGUUUUGGAGAUAUCUUUUAUCAAACAAUACUAACCACUUUGCUCGUCAAUCUUGGGUUAAAAGUUACUCUUCAAAUUGUUACUAGAUUAUGUGACAAAGAGCGUAAAGAAGUAAUCAGCCGUGUUGUCAUUUUACUAGGCGGAUUAUUUUUAAUUUUUCAUCAUUUUGACAGUAUUUAUCUAAGUGUUUUAUUCUUAAUUUAUUCUGUGCUAGGAAUUUCUCUUUUAAAUUUUAGAAAAAAUUUGGUCAACAAUUCACUUUGGAUUUAUGUCUUCAUUGCAAUUGUCUCUAAUGAAUUACUUUACCAGUUUGGUUCGGAAAAGAACAUCAGGCUGAGGAUUCAUUUGAUGUCUGCAUCCAUGAAAUUACUUUCACUGAGAGCUCUAUUGAAGACUAUAGUGAUCGAUCAAGACAAAAGUGUUCCCCAUUUUAAUUUAUUAAUAACUUACCUGAUUCAUCCGCAAAGUUUACCUCUUGGUGGCUAUUUUCCUCCUAAUUUACAUCUCACUGCCGAUCAUUAUGCUAGUUUCUCCUUCUUGAAACAAAGUAUCUUAUCAUUCAUCCAAGCAUUUAUAUUUCUUGCAUUGUCCGAUUGCCUAAUUUUAAUGGUCAUCAAUUCAGGAGAAAAUUUGAUUGUCGAUGUUUUCACUCAAUAUCUGCCAGAAAGUGUAUGUCAGAUGAUUGGAAAAUUGUUCGUAACUUAUUGUACAGCUCUACAAUUUCGUCUUUCACACUAUUUUGUAUGUUUUUUAAUCCAAUCUGCUCAUAACUUUUGGGGCUCCGAGAUUACUGUUGCCAAGCCUUCAAUGGUUGAACUUCCUCGCUCUUUGGUAGAUGUUGUGAUAGCUUGGGAUAUUCCAAUGCAUAAAUGGUUAAAGGAACGAAUCUACAAACCUAGCAAAGACAAAUUUGGAUGGGCUUCAUCAAUUUUCAUUACUUAUGCGACCAGUUCAUUCAUUCAUGGUUUUCGUUUCGAGAUAUGGAGUGUUUUGCUGACACUAGGACUUCUCACUUGGAUUGAGAGUUUGCUUCGUCACUUACUAGCUUCGGCAAUUGACACAUGUAUUGAAGCGAAGUCCUGUUCUUACACAACAGAAGACACUGAAUCUAGAAUUAGUGUGAAUUAUUUCUCAGUUUUUAUAAAUCAUUUCAAAGCUCUAUUCAGAUCGCCAGUAACCAACAAUCCAAGCUGUACGCGGAAGCACAAGUUUACUCCUUACAACUCUUUUUGGGUUAUCAUAAUCAACCUAGGAUUUUCACUACUUGCCAUUUUUCAUCUUGCCUACUUAGGAUCAUCUUUUAAUCUAGGAGAAGAGCAAACAUCUACCAAAUAUGUGAUCGAGACUUGGUUUGACAUUGGAUUUUAUUCUCAUAUAAUUGGCCUUAUCACUAUACUUUUUUAUUAUUUGGUAAAAUAGUGAUUGUUAUCAGAGACGGAAAAUCAGUUAGUUCGACCAUAAUCACUUGUUUGAUUCACAUGAAAGAUUUCAAGAAAUUGUUUCUGCUAUUUAUGGAAUACUUUACUGUUAAAGAAAAAAAUAUAGAUGAUGAUGGAUUUAUCUGUGUAAAUAAAAGUUAUUUAUUGAUUUA